AUGUUUGAUAACAUUGAAACUUAUUUACUACAACGAAUAUUUGAGGACUUAGAACCUCAGUCAUUUGAUAGCUUAGACUUAUCUUUUUCUAUAGAUAAUAAUCUAAAGUUGCAAAAAUCAAAAACAACAAAUCAUGUCAAAUUCAAUGAUAAUUCAACAAAUACAAAAAAACACAUUCCACCAAGACGAAAGUCAAUAGUCACUUCAACAUCCCAAAUAAAAAAUCAAAUCAAACUUUACAAUAAAAUCUUAAAAUUAUUAGAACCAUUUGAAACCAAAUUAGACGAUACAAACUAUAAAAUUGCAAUACUAUACUUAGAAGAUCAAAUUUUACAUCCAAAGAAAUCAAUAAAAAAUAUAAGAACAUAUAUGUUAGAUAUAAUAUAUUACAUUUAUAAAAAUAUAGAUGACGAACAACCAUUAAAUUUAAGAGAAAUUGAAAACACACUUCAUUAUUUCAUGGCUAAAAGAGAUCAAUUUGAUUUAAUAAUAUCUGAUUUAAAUUAUUUUGAAGCUACAGUUAAAAGUGAACAACAUAAUGAUAAUUUCAAUAAUAUCAAAAAAUCAAAAUUAUUAAUACUAAGAGCUUUAGCUUAUACUUAUGCAUUUGAAAAAUUUCAAUAUCCUCAUAUAUCAAAUAAAAUAGAUAAUUUAGAAUCAUACAAUUAUAGAAUUUUAUUAAAUCAAUUAUCACCUUAUUAUUUCUUAUGGGCAUUAGAUGAAAAUUUAACGAAAUAUAAAUAUCAAAAAGCUCAUAAAAAACAAGGAUCAGAUAACUCUCCAUUAAUUUCAUGUACAUUACCAUUAUUUGAAGAAGUUGCUAUAAAAUUUUGUGAAUUAAAUACUGAAACUAAUGUUGAUUCUAAAAUUAUGGAAAUUUUUGAUGCUAUUUCUUUAAGUCAAUUAAGUAGUGAUGAAAUAUUACCAAAAUUUAAUGAAUCUUUUACUGAAUAUUUAAAAUGGUUAAAGGUAGAAGAAGAUACAAUAAUAUCUACGGAGAAGGAAGAUUUGAUAUGA